AUUAUGAACGGUACUUAAGAAAAAACUCUUCUGCCAUUUUGUAAAACGGCCAAAUUGACAUAAACGUCGCGCUUUCCUUCAAGAAGUUUAAUAAUUUUACUAAUGAUUAGUAAAUAAUCGUUGAUUGAAAGUUAAUUUUAAUAAUCAUUAUCAUGGCUCGCAGCCGCAAAGAUAGUGCGGGCAAAAGCGAUUCCGAAAUUACGGAGAAGGAAAACAAACGAGAACGAGGCAAAGAUAAAGAACGAAAGAAACGUGCUGCAUCAAGUUCUAGUAGCAAUACGAGUAGUUCUGACAGUAGUUCAGGGAGUUCGAGCUCGAGCAGUGGAAGCAGUUCCCGGUCGAGUUCGUCGUCAAGUUCGAGUUCAUCGAGUUCGGGAAGUUCUUCAGGAAGUUCACGGGAGAGGACUCGCAAACGUAGCCGCAGCAAAAGUGCGGAUGCAUCGAGAAGACAUGAGAACAAAGAGAAGGAUAAGGAUAAGGAACGUGAAAGAGAGAGGGAGAGAGAGCGCGAACGUGAACGUGAACGAGAGCGUGAACGCGAAAGAGAACGCGAGAGGGAGAAGGAUAAGAAGAAGAGUAAUUCAGUUCCUGAGAAACCAAAACCAAAGCCCCGAUCAAGAUCUCCAAGUCCUCGGAGGAAACGCAGAGAAAGAUCUCCAAUUCCAAGGCCAACGAAGAUACACAUUGGCCACUUAACUCGAAACGUCACCAAGGAACACAUUAUGGAAAUAUUUUCGACCUACGGAAAUAUUAAAUUAGUCGAUUUUGGAGUUGAUAAAUUUCAUCCAAAUCAUGGACGAGGUUUUGCUUAUGUCGAAUUUGAAACAGCAGACGAGGCUGAAAAUGCUAUGAAACACAUGGACGGAGGACAAAUUGAUGGUCAGGAGAUAACUGCCGCUCCUGUAUUAUUGCCAAAGCCAAGACCACAAUUAAUGCGUCGAAUGUCACCGAUGAUGGGAAGAAGGCCACCGCCAAGAUGGAUGGGAGGCGGUGGAAGGAAUUCACCACCACGCUAUCGACGUCGUUCACCGCCAAUGAAUCGUCGACGCAGUCCACGACCUCCACGACGUAGGCCCCGAUCACGUUCACGUAGUCCUCAGAAUAAUCCUCGACAUCGUCAUCGCCGAUAUACCAGGUCAAGUUCAAGUAGUUCCCGAUAAUGAUAUAUAAUUAUUAUUAUUAUUAUUAUUAUUAAUUUCUUUUCUGAAACAAUUAUAUCCAAAAACCCUCACUCAAUUGUUGAUGAUCCUAUUUGGAUGAAGCUUAAAUCAGAAUGAGUGUAAAAUGAGAGAAAGUUGAGAGAGAAAGAGAGAGAAAGAGAAAAAGAGAACAGAAAACAAUUUUUUUUUAAAUCGUAUCAAUUUUUUUUUCAUUGAUACAAAAGAUACAUUUAUUACUUAUAUAAUUGAAUUGUUUUCAAGUAUCAAUGAUACUCGUGAACAUUUUUUUUUUUGUCAUGUAUUGCAAUUUCCAAUUUAUACUUUUGAUUGUCUUUAUUUUCUUAGCUGAUUAUCAAGUAAAAUGAAAAAAAGAAGAAAAAUUAUUAUUCCAGGUUGGACGAGUAUGUAUGAUGAUUGUCUUGCAGUUUUUUAUACAUAUGCUCGUUUAUAUACAUAAAUAUUAACUUGGUAAAAAGCUCGAGGGAUCGAGUGAGUGAUUGCUUAAAACUCGAAAAAAAAAUCAAGAAAACGAAGUGAUUUGACUUUUUCGUCGUCUGCGUAUUGUGAAAGAAAAAAAAAUAGAAUGUUUUUGGAUUUAUUAGGAAGUGUGUGUUGUUUUUUUUUAAACAAGUGGAAUAUUUGACAAACUAGAAAAUAUUUCAUUAAAAAGGAAUAUACGUGAAAUAAAGUCAUAAUAAUGAUAAAAAAAAUAAUAUCUCUGACUCCAAAAAAAACUCAUCAGUUUUCGAAUUUUUUUACGGACAAAAAGCUAAGUUUCUUAGUAUAAAGAUGUAUGGAAACUGUGAAAAUUGUAUAAAAAGCAAUUAAAAAAAAAAAUGUACAUCAA